AUGGGCUUUGAUGAAGCUGUUACUGUAUGGUUUUUUUUCUUUACGUUUCAGAAGAAGUUUGUGGAAGAAGUCCAGCUUGCAAAGAAGAACAGCCCAGGGUUGUUCGUUUCUGCCUGGCAAGAAGAUGAGACAGGAUUACGGGACGCCAAUCUCAAUGAUCCAAAGGACAUGUUUUUGAAGGAAGCUGAGGAUGGGAACGUAGAUGGUUUGAGAAAGAUGCUCGAACAGAGUCCUGAUCUUAUAUCAAGCUGUGACGAGGAUGGGUACACUGCGCUUCAUCGUGCUGCAUACGGUGAUCACCUAGAAACGGUGUCGUUCUUACUAGAAAGUGGAGCUGAUUCUGAGGCAAGAACAAAGCACGGGUGGACUCCUCUCCAUUCUGCCGCUAAUUGGGGAAAUUACGAAACUGUAGGACUGUUAAUCUCUCGAGGAGUAGAUGUGAACGCGUGCUCAGUAGGAUCUGUGACUCCGCUCCAUCUUGCAAUAAAUGGUCAAUGUGAGGAUUCCGAGAAUGUACUCCGUACUAUUCGAUAUCUGCUUCAAGCGCCUGGCAUUGAUGCGGGUAUUCGUAGUGGUUCCGGUGAUACUCCUAUUGAGCUAGCACGUCGUACAUCGGGAGCGAUAUAUAAGCUACUGAAAGACCACAUAAAUCGAUAA